AUGCUACCGGAGACUGAUUAUGCGGCGGAUGGACAUCUCAGUGCUGGGGACCGGAUAGAUUCAGCCGGUGCUCCUGGUGUCCAAUGCUCGGUUUGUAGCAGUACCUUCCGGCGACCAGAACAUCUCAAGCGACAUUUGCGCAGUCAUACCAAGGAAAAACCCUUCGAAUGUGCACAAUGUGGCCGCCACUUCUCGCGAACUGAUACGCUACAUCGACACGAACUGAGCCAUCAUACACGCGGAGGCGAUGGGGGCAAAGACCGUACUCAUCGAAUCACUGUCAAGACCUUUCGGGCCUGCUAUGGCUGUGCGAUGGCCAGAGUGCGCUGUAGUGGUGGCAGCACAUGCGGAAGAUGUGAUACCCGCUCACUUAAGUGUCAGUAUCCCACCGAACGACGUUCAAAAGCAAAGGCUCGAAAUGGAACCUCACGGCGCCUGUCGGUCACGGAAGACAAUGAACCACAAACCAAUGAGCCCUUGUCACCUAAGCCCUACACAAACCACCCGGACUCGGCACUAAUGGAGGGUACAAUCUCAUUCCAGCUAACACAGCUACCUGUUAACGAUAUGAACGAUUCACAACGGGUGCCUCUUACUUCAGGCCCGGACCACCCCGCAAAUACCCCAUCCCAAUUGACGGAUUCAGAAGGAAGGGCCUCGGUGGCGGGGAUCUCAAACUCUCAGCUCUAUGCGCCACCUUCAAACAAGAUUUCAGAUACACCACAGAUAGAUGACUGCCCUCGGCCAUUUAAUGGGCUUGCCAACCCUAUUCCGCCGAGUCUCUACGCAGACGAAUCAGUAACAAGCAUGAGCUCCGAAUUGAGACAAACUCAGCAAAGCCUACCCGGUCCAGGAGUUGAGAUGAAUCUUGACAUGACCGGAAACCCAGAGAUGGCGAUGGAGUUUGACCCAUCGUUCUUCGACCAGUCCAUGCUCUCCACAAUAAACUGGUUGCCCAACGAGCUCUUCACACCUAGAGACCAGAGUCAACGCUCUGGAGCCUCUUCGCAAUACUGCCAGCCUCCGGUUUCAAAUUCUUAUGCCGCCCGCGCGACAUGGCAGCCGCCAGUUAUCGGUACAAGACAGAUCAGCCCGUCGUUGCCUGGAAAUGUCCCCCAAAUGUCGUCUGAAAAUAUGUCGCUCGGGACGGGGUUGGCCAGUCAUCGGAGACUUUCAAAUGUUACUAGCGAGUCUUCGGCAAAUGUCGAUUCAGUGGAUUCAGCAAAUCUAUCAGGACAGUAUUAUGUUGAUGGCACUGGUGCUCGACUUCCUAGGUACAGAAAGAAGCAAGCCUCGUGGUCCAUCUCCUCAGUUGAAGCCCCCCAUUCCGGGAAUUCAUUGCCCGAGGGAACUCCACGGAAAUUUGGAUUCCCAAUUUCAUGCGAGAUUCGUGUGGAGAACAUCUCAGAACGUGUCAUCCGAUCAUUGAGGCCAAUCGACCCUCCUAUAUAUGAUGAAAUAUACGGCGAGUUUCUUCUACUAUGUCGCAACGACAAUCCAUUCUUUGAAAUGUUUGAGUCCACGCACUUUCCAACUGCAGAUGAAUGCAGUCGCUACAUUGCUUUCUACUUCGACUCGUUCCAAACCGUUUAUCCGAUGCUCCACCUUCCCACAUUCGAUCCAAACCAAUGUCAUUGGCUCUUGACUCUAGCAAUCGUGGCGGCUGGAUGCCAUUGUUCAGGCACCCCUGAGACUGAUCAAUGUACUGCUGCAUUUCACGAAAUGAUACGCCGAGCUUUCUUAGCCGAGAAGAACAGAGACAGCCUAAAUCAGUAUGCUCUCGACUUAAUCCAAGCCAAGCUGCUCAAUUGCAUAGGACUUCUGCAUAGUGGCAAUGAAGGAGAUCAGCGUUCUGCCAUGAGUGUCUUCAGUGAUCUGGUGGCGCUUUCGAACCACGAAACGCUACUGGCCUCCCGUUCGAAAAAGACAUCAACGCCGAGCAGGACUUCAGAUGACGCCCAUUGGAACCGAUGGGCCCAAGAAGAGGUUCGCAAACGAACUGGAUACUGUAUUUGGCUUUUGGACAGCACACUUGCAUAUUCCUUUGAAGAGCGUCCCCUUCUCUCACUAGAUGACGGACAGGCUGCCCUACCCGCACACGAGAGGCUGUGGGAAGCGACCUCCGCGGAGGCAUGGAAGCAACAAUGGGAAAAUUCAAUAGAAACUUGUUCGGGGAUCGGUGAAUUCAGCCAUAUUCUUCUUAUUCACGCCCUCUACCAACGGAUGUGGGAAGUUGGCGAUUACUUCCGUCGGCCUCUUUCAUUCUGGAAUCCCACUGCCAAGAAGCAAUCCCGUGAAACCGCAAUUCCCACAGGCUCUGUAUGGCUACCAGGGAUUCCAUCCUACUCCAAAUGGCGCAAUAGUGCAUGUGAUUGUCUCGAUAUUCUACAUUGGACAGCCAACAGCACCAUUGCAAAAGCUGCUGGCCUUGAGCAUCCCACCGUACUCCAUCUUCACACUGCACGCCUUGUCCUACUGGCACCUUUCCGCGAGAUUCGUUCUCUGGCAAAUUCUCUAGUCACGGACAGAUCACAAUGGAGCAAACGACAGCAAGCACUCGAGUGGCAGUACAUCUGGCGAUGGGUGAAACACGACCAAUAUAAGGCCCGUUUGUCCAUCAUCCACGCCGGUGUGACUCUUUGGCACAUUCGACGAUAUUCAACAAAUGCCUACCACGAACCGGUAGCAGCUUUCCUGGCGGUGCUGACACUAUGGGCAUAUGGUUCUUGCCACACAACUGGGUCUCAGGAUUCCAGUCCACGUUCCGAGACAAAUCGAGGGGAUGUAUCGCAGGAGCCAAGUUUCAUUCACCUAGACCGGCCGUGCGAUGAUGAGCUCGUUCAACUUUUUGUACGAGAAGGAUAUGCGAUGAGGGGUAAUGUGACUGGCGUCGGGGACAUUUGUUCCCCCGAGGGCCCAGAGCGGAUAUUACGUAUGGGAUGUGAAACGCUCUCUGGUUUAACGGCGUGGGGGAUAUCAAAGAAACUGAUCGCGACCUUAACGCAGCUGGCGGAUAUCAUGUCACAGAAUCGUGAUUUGGAGCAGAGCCAUGGGACUACUUUGGAUGCUCGCUGA